AUGCCCCAACUACUAGGAAUCGAAUGGAUCGAUAUAUUUUCUUCCGUCGAACGGAAGAGAACUUAUUUGGGAAUGGUCGCCCAUUCCAUUUACACAUAUCCAGUGGGGAAUAUGCUUUUGGUGGCGCCCUUGUUUUGGCUCUUCCCAUUCCACUGGUUCUUCCUAAUUCUCCUCUACGCCGCUUGGGUUUACUAUGACAAAGAUACGCCGUCAAAAGGAGGUUACGGAUUGGAUUUUAUUCGGAAAUGGAGAGUAAAUCGAUGGAAUGCCGACUAUUUCCCUGCUAGAGUCCAUAAGACGGCUGAUUUGGACCCUGAGAAGAAUUAUAUUCUGGCAUAUCAUCCGCAUGGAAUUAUAUCAAUGGGUGGAUGGGUGAAUUUUGCGUCAAAUGGAUCAGGAGUCAUGGAUAUGUACCCGGGUAUCACGUUCAACUUGUGCACCCUCGGUCUCAACUUCAAAAUUCCGAUUCGCCGUGAGAUUUUGCUUCUUUUCGGAUGUAUCGAUUGUUCCAAAGAGUCCAUCGAAUACGUUUUAUGCCCUAAAACCAACAAAGGACGGGCCAUCGUACUGGUUGUGGGCGGAGCCGCCGAAUCGCUUGAUGCUCAUCCGGGAAAACAUGAAUUGACACUGUUGAGUCGGAAGGGAUUCGUGAGGGAGGCUCUGUUGACUGGAGCACAAUUGGUGCCGGUUUAUUCGUUUGGAGAGAAUGAUGUUUUUGAGCAGGCGGCCAACCCACCGGGCUCCCGACUCCGUAAAUGGCAAGACACCCUUCGGAAGUCAAUGGGAAUGUCUUUGCCAAUUGUGAAAGGACGUGGAUAUCUACAGUACUCUUUCGGAUUUCUCCCUCUCAGAAGACCCAUAAAUACAGUAAUCGGGGCGCCAAUUCACGUGGAAAAGAUGGAGAAUCCGACGAAAGAGCGGAUCGAUGAGUUGCAUGAGGAAUAUGUGAAAAAGUUGACGGAACUAUUCGAAAAGUAUAAAGGACAGUUUGGAGUGAAGAAGGAUGUCAAAUUGGUAUUGAAGUAG